GGGCUGGCUUAGUUUUAUUUCCUUUGCUGUUUGCAUCUCUUCAUUGGAUUUUGAUAUAUGUUUAUUCCCAUCUGUCUGUGGUUUCCAGGGAUGGCGUGUGCAGCAGUGAGAUGGCGAUGAAUUCACAGAAUGCCCUGUGCCUUUCCUGGUCUGUCUUGUGAAAGGCUUAUUUAUCUGUUAAAGAGCUCCUGAUAGCCAGACUGGUUUACUCAUCAAUGGUCUCCUAACAGGCAGGGCAGGCAGGGCCACAACAAACCGUCAAAAUACUUCAUUGUUUUAUGUUGAAUGUGUUUCUUUAAUGCACCAUUUGAGUCCAUCCCACUGGGCACACCACAUAAUUUCAAUGUGUAAAUGUGGGUAAUAUUUGGUUGAGACGUUGAUCAAUGAGAUUUCAACCUUUAUUCACCCACUCAAAAAGACUGCCAGAAGUUUGUUGAUAUCCCAAUGUGUUAUCACUAUGCUUUCAACCAUCUAAAAGCAAAACCAAAUUCCAAUAGAAAAACAAUUUCAGAUGUUUUGCUUUAUUUGUCAUCUAAAUGUAUUAUCUGCGCUUUCAACCAUUUUAAAAGCACAACAAAGUGGGAAAUGGGAAUACAAUGUCAGAUAUUUUGAAUUUAUACAACAAUUUGUUCAAGAUUCUAAGGCACAUUAUUAAAAGCAAUUGUGAAGAUCUCCACAGACCUGUGACCUUUGCAUGCUAUGUUGAACAUGUACGCUUUCUAUGAUUACAUACGAAGUCAUUUAUAGUUACAGUAGGCUAACCUAAAAAUGUGGCCAAGGAUGUGUUACUCAUUUUAAGGUUGAAUAAAUACUGUUACAUUCAUUUGUAAAAUGGCCUUAACUGUAGGCUAUUUACUGUAUUACACAAAUAUUAUUGAAUUGUUUUUGGUUGACGCAGAAUAGUUUCAUCUGAGCCACUGGCUUAAUCGCAUUCUUUAACUUUUAUUUGGGGUUUAGUUGGAGACGUGAAUCCAACAUAUCAUUCUUUUACUUGUCAACAAGUUAAUAGGCUAUUUACUGUAUUGAAAAAGUGAUAUUGAGUUGUGUUUGGCUGUCAACAAAUUCCAGUUUGUCUGCAAAUGAAAACGUUAAUGUUGGAUUCACAUUUCCAUCUCAACUAAUAAUCAAACUUAAUGAACAGGACUAAAUCAAAUAAAACUUUAUUUUAAGUGCAUUUAUAGUUUGAUUUGAUUUAGUCUUAUUCUUUAACUUAUAUUUUUGGUUGAGCUGGACAUCAAUUAUCAAUUUGUAGACAAACUGGAAUUAAAGCCAGACUAAGUAGCACAGAUGGAACUAUCCAAGCAGAAGAUGCAUUUCCUUAAAAUGCUAAUUUGGUUGCGUUGACAACAAAUUAAUAAUGUAUAUGUUGCAUUCACGUCUUCAUCUCAACCAAAAAUGUAAGUGAUUCAACCAGUAUGUGCCCAGUGGGAUGACAUAGGAUUAUGUCCUUGACCUGAGAUUAAAAGUGGAAUCUGGUAGGCAGAGAAAAUGUCCACAAAAUGUAUUGCUUUUCCACAAUAGUUUUUAACAGAUUACCUCCUGACUAUGUCCAUUCUGUUUUCUCUAUGUUUGUACAUUAUGUAUUAUGCAGUCCAUCUUUGAGCCAUCUUCCUAGUUUUCCUCUUGGAGCCAGCAGCAGGUGGUCCACACCCAUGUCACUCCCUCAAAGUCGGAAGCCCUCUGCAGGUCAGCGCAGGCGGCCAGUGGCCACUAGCAGUGGGUGCCAUUCCUAUAUCGAUGCCUCCAAUACCAACACUUACCCCGGCAGGGCUAGUGAGGGUAGUCCUACAGCCCGGACAUAUCCUGGCACACCUAAGCAUCAGGUGAAGCAUGCAACCUGCAGUGAUAACCAUGGGAUUCGGCCCCCCACACCAGAGCAGUACCUCACCCCGCUGCAGCAGAAGGAGGUGUGUAUCAGACACCUGCGAGCCAGGCUGAGGGAGAAUGUCCAGAGGCUGCAGCACAGGGACAGUGAGAUAGCUGAGAUGAAGACCCAGCUGUGUCGGAUGCAGGAGGACUGGAUAGUGGAAGAGUGUCACCGUGUGGAGGCCCAGCUGGCUCUGAAGCAGGCGCGCAGGGAGAUCCAGCACCUGCACGAGGUCGUGGAGACAGUACGAUCAAACCUCGGCACCCCAGAAAAAGCCCCCUAUGACAAAAAGCCAUACCUCUCACCGCAGAGGCCCCGGCCUGCAAAGUCUCGCUCCUGUGGGUGCUCCCCAGCCAGCACCCUGAGCCGCAGCACCGCCUACACCCGGCUGAGCAGUGAGGCCCUCUAUGUGGACCGCAAUGGAAACGCCCCAGAGCCUGACCUGCGUGCAGCGGCACAGGUAGAAAGGGGGCGGACCCACCUGCUACUGGAGGCGGCCCUUCUGUCAGAGCAGCAAACCCCGUCUGGCCCCGCCCUGGUCCACGGCCCCUCCUCCUCUACCAUGCCACGCUCCUCCACCUACGAGAGGCUGUGCAGUGGAGGGGCUGUGCUGCCCGUCUCCCACUCCUGCCACUCCCUGAGUAACAGCUGCAUGUGCAGUGGACACACCUACCUCCCUCAUCACCACCUCUUCCUUCACCUCCCCCAGGAGGAGCCCCCGGCUGCAGUGGUGGCAGCUGCUGCUAUCCCCGUGAGGGAGGCAAAACCGGAGGUCCGAUCCCAGGCCUGCAGCCCCACCAUGACCUGGGUCUCAGAGGAAGGAGGGGGAGAGGAGCUCAGCAUCAUCUCCCUGGCAACUACCAACAUCACCCCAGCCUACUCAGAGCAACAGCUGUUCCCUCCCUCCUUGUCUUCCUCCUCUCCCCCGCAGCCAUUCCCUCCCUCCUUGUCUUUCUCCCCUUCUCCCCAGCUCUCCUACAACCUAGAGCCACUGUCUUCAGAUGGCCAUGUGGAGAUGACAAUGAUGCCAACAGUGGCCCAAACCUGCCAGCCCAAGCCUGGGCCAAUGUUGUCACCAGAGAGGCAAGGAGGCGUGACAGGGGUGGAGGAUGAAGAGAAGGGUGAAGCUGUUGAGGCUGUUGAAGUUGACGGUGAAAACGUUGUGGGAGGGGAAGAGGGAGAGGACGGUGCUCCCCAGCGGAACUUCUGGAGCCGAUACUUCCUGGUGGACCUGUUGGCAGUGGCCAUGCCGGUGGUGCCGACAGUGGCCUGGCUGUGUCAUGGGGCCCCGCGGGAGGUCAUGCCUGUGUACCACAUCGGUUCUCUGCUACGGGGUUGCUGCGCUGUGGCCCUUCACUCUCUGCGACGCGGGGGACGUGGCCGUGGCCCCACAAGCAUGAAUGGGGCGACCAAUAUCUGACAACUUUACUCCUUAGCCCCCGACUUCCCUCACAGCAACCAUGCAACCCCAACCUCUAAUGAGUCACAGCCAGAACAGCAAUCAGACUUUGAUUUUGACUUGAACUUAUAUUGCUUUUUAUUCUCCACCUACCACGUGUCUGAUUUGAGGAUGACCUUGAGAUUUACAUGAUCUGUUUCUGUUAGAUUUGUAAUCAUGCCUAACUAUCUAGGAAAUCAAAUACAAUAGUGAUUUGAUGGGGAAUGCGUGAGCCUGCGUAAACUUUUUGCCACUGGUCUACAGUGGCUCCCAUGACUGCACAACUCAUUGCAUGUAACCCUGAGAAAUGUUCAACCCUUUGCCAUUAACUCACCUUAAACAGAACCUUCAAAUACACACCUGCUACAUUUGAACCUUGAACACUUUGAUGUACUGUGUUCUCCAUGAAUCUUCUCGUUGUCUUUGAAAUUGGGGCGAACAUGGUUCACCUUGUUAAACAUCAGCAACAUUUUCUUUUAGAGCUAAGUGAAUGAGGGACCUGAGUGGGAGUUCUAGUUGAAUGUCUUCGAAAAAAUAAUUUUCUCAAGAAAACAGAGGAUGAGAAAAGUAGAUAUGUUUGCACAACGAACAGGAGAUUGAGAAUCUAUUACUUUUCAGGGAUCAAACAUUUAUCAUCUGGUUUCAUUAAUUGUAUUUAUAGUCCAAGGAUAAGAGUAAAAUUCUGAAUAAGACUAGCACUGUCACUAUCCAUGUCCAAAUGCUGAAAGCAAGUACAAUGCCAGCUAUGUAUGUAUUUGUUGGAAAUAUAUUUGUUGAAUUUCAACAUUUACAAUAUUAGGACAUUAUCAAUUAUUUUCAAAAGGCUAGAUAUUUCUUUCAAACAUUGCACUUUUUUCCACUUUUAGGACUAUACUACUUGAAGUUUGUAGUGGCUUUACAUUUCAUCAAACAUUAACCAUGCAAGUCUAGUUUUUAGCCACAUUAUGCCGCUAAUGCUACAGUGAUAGAUUCUUCUAAAUUAUUCAAAUUCAGAGGUCAAAAGCAAUAAGAAAAAGCUAUGAUGAAGUCUUUAAAAGUGCUGAUAAAAUUGCACAAAAAGCUGUAGAAUACAAAGUGUAAAUAGAUCUGGAUGUAUUUCUUCACUUUGAAAAUAAACUGAAAGUUGCCUUUG